GAACAAAGCCCCUAAGCUGUUGACAGCCCUCCCUUGAAGAAAAACCGAUAAAAGCUUGGGAAUUUCUCCUUCUUUUCUUGCUCUAGAACACAAAUUGAACCCAGAAAUUCCCCCCCCCCACUCCCUGUAGAAAUCCGGAUCUGCUUUGCUCUGUCCGUCUGGUUGUUGCUCUUGCCGGUUUGUGGGUGCGAAUUCUGGGCAUUUUUAGAAAUUCUCCUGCACUGCCGCCGGCCUCCUCCCCAAACUACAGCUCCAGUUCUGCUGGCUGGAUUUAUGGCUUCCCAUCUAUAAAUAGUCUUGUUUCUCCAUGCGAGGAGUUGAGCAUUUCCUUGUAGCUUUUGCCCUCUUGACUCUGGUUUCUAAAUUGGCCUCAGCUUCUGACCCUAGCCCGCUUCAGGACUUUUGUGUCGCCCUCAAUGACCCCAAGUAUGGACUGUUUGUAAAUGGGAAGUUCUGCAAAGAUCCAAAGCUUGUCACGGCAGACGACUUCUUCCUUGCAGGAAUAAACAUCCCUGGAAACACAUCAAAUGCUGUUGGAUCAAUUGUCACUCCAUUUUUUGUGGACAAAUUUCCAGCACUUAACACACUUGGCGUAUCGCUAGCUCGGAUUGACUUUGCUCCUUAUGGUGGCCUGAACCCUCCCCACACCCAUCCUCGUGCCUCAGAGGUCCUAUUUCUCCAAGAGGGCACCCUCCUGGUAGGAUUUGUCACAUCCAACCAAGAUGGUAAUCGUCUUUUCACCAAAGUCUUGAAUCAAGGAGAUCUUUUCGUCUUCCCAAUUGGUUUGAUUCACUUCCAACUCAAUAUUGGGAACACUCCUGCUGUUGCCAUUUCCAGUUUGAGCAGCCAGUUUCCUGAGGUUAUCACCAUUGCAAAUUCUCUCUUUGGAUCAAAACCUCUAAUCAAUCCUGACGUUCUUGCCGAGGCAUUUAUGCUAGACAAGACUGUGGUUCAAAAUCUUGAAUCCAAGUUCUGAUGGGAUCAAAGACAAGAAGGAGCUUUCCCAUAAGAUGGAAUAGUAGCUACUAGUUUACUUUCAAUAACGUGUGUUUCCUCCAUGCUAUGUUCUAUUUUAAGUAAUCUACUAAUAAUAAUAAAUAAAUAAAGAGAUUGCAAAUGC